UCGCGGUAAUCUUGAGCGCGCAAAAGUUGCAUCGAGUGUUUCGCAUCGCGUGUCACAGUUAGCCUAAAAAGGUUCUGGUGCUCUAAAUUAACCGGUCCGCAAUUAGGCUCCUCUAGUGUGGGCGACUUCGAGUAAACCUGAUCGCCGCAGAUUCGGGGGGUGGUAAUUGAACAUAAGAGAAAAAAAGCGGUGUGUGACAGUUGGCAUUUUGCUGCUGCUGGUGCUGAGUGCGUGCAACGAUGGAAGGUACCAGAAUUCGGUGGAUGGUGGCAGUGGUACUGUUCCUGGGACGGCUGUGCUUGGCGAUGAAAUUUGAUGUGAAGCCCGACUUCAUCAAAACGUGUCGCUUCUCGGAUCCCGAUUUUGUUGCAUGUUCUACCGAGGCGGUGCAGGGGCUGUUUGAUAAACUGGUGACAGGCAUCGAAGGCCUGGAGCACGUCGGUACCAUCGACCCGAUGAAGAUCAGCAAGAUCCGCAUCCUGCAGGGGGACGGCCCGGUUAGUGUGAACGCGUCCCUGUCCAGAGUGAUCGUGACCGGAUUCGCCGAAACGAAAGUAGUUCGAAAUGUUGUCAGCAGCAAGGACUUUGGCUGGGAGACACACAUCCAGCUGCCGAAGAUGCGCCUCGAGGGGAACUACCACAUGCAGGGCCGCAUUCUGGUCAUCCCGCUGAACGGCCACGGCAAGUGCUGGUUCGAACCGAGUGACAUGGACAUCUUGAUGACGACGACCACCACCCUGUACGAGCGGGACGGCCACGUGUUCUACAACGUCACGGGCAGCAAGGUGGACUACACCAUCUCCGGGCUGAAGCUGCACAUGGGUAACCUGUUCGAGGGGGUGAAGGUCCUGGAGGAUAGCACCAAUCAGUACCUGAAUGACAACUGGCGGCCCGUUUCGGAAGCGCUGAAACCGAUCAUCGCCAAAACCAUCGAGGACAUCCUGCUGGCGAUUAUGCAGAGCAUCUUCCACCAGCUUCCGGCCGAGUACUUUGUCGCGGAUCUGCCGCGUUCUGGGUAGGUUUGUUUUGUUUUUGUUAUUUUCUUUGUAAAUAAAAUCACAUUCCAUAACUCCUUGUGCA